GAACACAAGAGAUGAACACAAAAGCCGUAACUACUGUGUAGAGAGUGGCGGUGGGUUUCAAAUCAAGGGAUGCGACGCGUAGUGGUUGUAGUUAUGUUUGCCACCCGCGCGAACAAUGGGUGUUCAACAAGACCAUGUGACCAGAGCGAGCCACGAACAUCGCCGCCACAGGCCCGUUUACACAAAGGCAAUGCCACUUAUUCCAUUGCUCUACCCUAUGACUCUGUUUAUUGUACAUGGCAAGGAUCUGGCUAUCGAAGAGCGAUUUUGGUGCGGCACCUCGUACGUGCAGAAAGCUAGAUCCCCUGCCUAUAAGGUGACUUUAUCUCAGCGAGAUCAGACCAACAUGCUCCUGAUUGACUUCGAGCUCGUCUACCCUACAGGCUCGAUUAUGACUUUCUGUGUUGCGCGACCGACUAUGUGGAAACAUAAUGGGUUUCAAGAAUGACUUUCGAGCCAUAGUUCUUCCUUACUUUUUUCACUCAUUGAUAUGAGUCGCGUUUGCCUC